AAAUGGGUAUGUGUUAAAACAAGCCAGCAGAAUAUCAAUCAAAGAUACCAUAAAUAGAAAGUGAAAUAUUAGAUGAUGAAGAAGCUGAAGAAAAUAUUGGGGAAACUACAGAAAUAUUGAUUGAAAGCGAAAACGGAAAUUCUAAAACUAAACUUACACUUUCUGAUUUUGAACUUAUCAAAGUAAUAGGAAGAGGAUCAUUUGGAAAAGUCCUUCUUGUAAGAAGAAUAACAGAUCAAAAAUUGUAUGCUGUAAAGAUUCUAAGAAAAAAAUUGUUACAAAAAAAGAAAUAAUAAGAAUAAGCACUUUAAGAAAGAAAAAUAAUGACGCUGAUAAAUAGUCCUUUUUCUGUUAAAUUACAUUAUGCUUUUUAAAGUCCAUCUAGACUCUAUAUGGUUAUGGAUUUUAUGAUAGGUGGAGAGCUGUUUCUUCAUCUUAGAAAAAGAUAAAAGUUUAGUGAAGAAUGGACAUAAUUUUAUGCAGCUGAACUUCUUAUUGCUCUUGAUUAAUUGCAUUAAUAAAAAAUUAUAUAUAGAGAUUUAAAACCAGAAAAUAUACUUCUUGAUAAGGAUGGACAUGUUGUUCUUACUGAUUUUGGAUUGUCAAAAUUAGGAUAUGAGAAAAAUGAAAUUACAUUUUCCUUUUGUGGUACACCAGAAUAUGUUGCACCUGAAAUUUUAUAUUGUAAUAUAUCUAAAUUAAUUAUUUAUUAGAAAAAGGACAUAGUUUUGUAGUUGAUUUUUAUAGUUAUGGAGCUUUGAUAUAUGAAAUGCUUAGUGGCGCGCCUCCAUUUUAUUCAAAAAAUAAAAGGGAAAUGUUAAAAAAUAGAUGUGAAAAACCAUUAGAGAUGAAACCAUGCUUUUCACUUUAAGCAUAAUCUUUAUUAAAAGGACUUUUAACAAAAGAUGUAAAAAUAAUUAUUAAUAUAGCCUGCAUUUCGAUUAGGUUCAAAUGGGAUCUAAGAAAUAAAAAAACACAAUUUUUUUAUUGGAAUAGAUUGGUAAUUAGUUGAACAAAGAAAACUAUAACCACCUAUUGUUCCUAAAAUUUAACAUUUAGAAGAUUUAUCAAACUUUGCUCCUGCAUUUUUAUAAUAACCUUUAGUAGAAACUCCAGAUUCUUAAUAGGAUGUUUAUUUCGAAGGAUUUACUUAUUAAUAAGGAAUAUGAAUCGCAAAUGAAGAAAG